CUCUCUCUCUCUCUCUCUCUCUCUCUCUGUGUCUGCUAUUUUGUACUCCUACAGAGUAUCAGUAUCCCCUGCUUCAAACUCUGCCGCUUUUCACGAUGAAGCUCUCUCUCUCUAGCUCCCUCUAUUCGCGCUCUAAAUCCACUUGCCAAAACUUGUUAAAACCAUUCCUUAACUCGACCUCAACACUAAACUCCUCAACGAUUGCAAGGUCCGAUUCGCUGUACAGAAGAAUAUCGCCAGUGGGAGACCCUAGGGAUUCGGUAGUGCCAGUACUCGAUCAAUGGGUGCAAGAAGGAAGGUUUCUCGACAGGACGCAGCUUCGACUCAUCAUCAAAGAGCUCAAAGUCUACAGACGCUUCCAACACGCCCUUGAGAUAUCUCAAUGGAUGAGCGACAAAAGGUAUAUCCCCCUUUCAAAUGCUGAUGCCGCCACCCGGCUGCUUUUGAUCUUCAGGGUUCAUGGCCUAGAACAAGCAGAGAAAUAUUUCAAUAAUCUCCACCAAGACUUGAAAGGCUUUGAGGUUUAUACUGCCCUUCUCAACUGCUAUGCUGAUGAAAAAUCCGUAGAAAAAGCAGAGUCAUUCAUGCAGAAGUUAAGGGAUAUGGGUUUUGAUAAGACACCCUUUUGUUACAAUAUUCUGUUGAAUCUCUAUUAUCGCAUUGGAAGCAGUGAAAAACUAGAUUCGUUAAUGCACGAAAUGGAAGAGGAGGGUCAUUUUGAUGACCAUACAUUGGCAAUCCGCUUGAGUGCAUAUGCUUCGGCUUCUGAUAGCGAUGGAAUUGAUAGUAUUGUGGAAAAAAUGGAAUCUGAUCCCAGAGUUAUCAUGAAAGGUAGCACUUAUGCUAUUGCUGCAGAUGGGUACUUGAAGGUCGGCCAACUGGACAGGGCAUUGGAAAUGCUGAAGAAACUGGAGGGAUGUAUAGCUACCGAGAAGAGAAAGAAUAUUUCAUUUCAUGUGCUCCUCAGACUUUACGCAGAAGUUGGUAACAAAGACGAGUUGUACCGGAUAUGGAACAUGUACGAAGAAAAUGUGAAAAUCUGCAACAAAGGAUAUAUAACCAUGCUAAGCUCGCUUUUGAAGUUUAAUGACAUUGAGGGUGCUGAAAAGAUUUUCAAGGAGUGGGAAUCAAGGGGUUUAUCCUAUGAUUUUCGGAUCCCAAACUUUCUUAUUGAUGCUUACAGCAGAAAUGGACAUAUGGGAAAGGCUGAAGCCCUUCUUCACAACGGAAUAGGAAAAGGCGGCAAGCCCUUCUUUACAACAUGGUAUUGUUUAACGGGUGGGUAUAUUUUAGAUAAUCAAGUUCCUAAAGCGGCGGAAGCAUUGGAGAAAGCGAUGGUUUGUGCUCCUAGUUCGAAGAUCAGGAAGGAUACACUGGCGACCUGUUUGGAAUAUUUAGAAGGAAAGGGAGAUGUGGGGCGAGCGGAGGAGUUCAUAAGUCUACUGAGGACUGAGGGUAUCUUCUCGGCAGCCGUUCACGAGAAAUUGCUCAGCUAUAUCAAGGAUGUGAAACAAUGACAACUUUUGUUUGAAUCAAGGGGAAUUUUGAGAUUUGAGUUGGCGAAAUGAGCAGAACUCAAAGCAGAAGGUUUAAUUUUAGUGUUUGUUUCACAUGUUUUUGUUUAGUUGCAAAAGCGUGUACUUUCGAAGGACGUGGUAACAAUAGUUCUGGAGGACGGGACGGUUAUUUUUGCUUAGAGUGUUUUUGGUGUAUGGUAUGCAUAUGUUUUUGUUCCUUUUUACAUGUUUUUUGUUACCCA